UUCAUGGUACUCUUGAGCUGCAGUUGAUGGCUCAUAAAUGGAACCAUAAUUUUCCGAAAAUCGCACGUGAUGCUGGAUUUAUUAUUCGUGAGAUCUCAGCGGUUCAUUGUAUAGACUGGAGGUUAAUUGCGUCUAUCGAUCCGUACUCAAUAGUGGGUGAGAGAGAUUAUGAAAAACUAGACGAAUUUAUUCCGCACAUUUCCGAGGUUCCGAUCGGAACACUGCUGCAGAACAGAAUAUUAGAUCCGGCGAUCGGAAAGUACUUUAUACUGGCGCAAUUUAGUAUACAGUACUUGGUAUUCUGCAAACAGUUUUUAGACGAAACUAUCGUGGAGCUUCGCAAUACCACGCAGGAUAUGCAAAAAGAAAACGCCAGGCUGGAGAAAAAUUGUCGGAAAAAGAACGAGGAAAUUGUUGCGUUACACCGUAAACUACAGAAAGCAGUAAACCAUCAAGUUGUUUAUCCGUGUUCGAAGUGUACCAAAAACUUUAUUAGUUUUGAACUCCUGAACGCGCAUAUGGCUCGAAAGCAUGUUGAACUAUCUUUGCCUCAUAAUGAGGCGAACUCGGCAAACCUACGGAAGCUCUCGGAAACGGAUUCAAACUUGAUUAACACCAUUAAACUAGAACUAGAAGUGAAGCAACUCAAGGAAAGAUUGAACAUUGCCGAGAGAGGCCUGUUAGAUCAGAGAAAUUGUGAACAUCAAUGUCACGGUUGUUCUGCAUUACCAAGAAAAAAAGACGAAGCUCAACAUCAGAAAGCAGAAGCUGUCCCAGAGUACCAUACAGUUGCCAUCCAGACUAAUUUGGACGAUAGAAAAGACGUUAACGAGAAGGAGGUUCAGACAGGCAGACCCAAGUCGCCACGCAGUCCACCAUCAUCAUCUCGAAAUUCCCCAUUACCAGAGAGAUCGCGUCCGCUGGACGUUAUUUCGAAAGCUGAUUUAGAAACAAUCCUACGUGAACAAAGGGAGCAAUUCGAGUGUUGGAAAACAGCGGAAAGACAGAAGUUGGCGCACGAAAUCGAUCAAAUGCGUCAAAGUAUGACAGAGGCGAUUCGUGAACUGGAACGAGAUAAGCCAGAUAGAUUGGCAGUGCCUAUGGCGAUAACCGAGCAGCAACGGAGGGCAAGUUUCAACGAUGAAGUCACUGUGUGGAAGGAUCGCUAUCAUGAGAUGGAAAAGAUGUAUCGAGACAGCCAACGACAGGUAAGCGAGACUGUUCAAAAUAUCGAAUCGGCUUAUGCGAGAAGAUUCAAGCAGUUCGAAGAAAUGAUGCAAAAGCAUGAAGCAGCUGUGAAAUUGACCAAAGAUGAAAUGCUUCCAAAAAUUAUGGUAGUAGAAGAUAAAGCUCAAGCAACUGUCGAAGAUGAGCGGCUAACGCCACCUUUGGAGCCGUCUGUGUUGGUUGUUGAAGCACAUGAAGACAAGGAAGAAUCGGAUGUUGACGAAGUCAGAGAACUGGGAUCAUUAUCAGAUGAAACUAAAGAUUCAGAAAGUGACGAGGAACUUAAAUUGUUGGAAGAGGCUAAAGCAAAAUAUUUGACUAAAGAGAAGGAGAAGUUGAUUGUGCAACAAAAAGAAUCACCAAAGCAACAAGAAAAAGCACUAAUUUCUCCAAAGAAACAAAUAAUAAACACCUUUAAAAGCCGUUUGAAAGGUUUAGGUAUCGAUUCUAGAACGAAGUUGUUGCCCACUGAAGAUCUGCGUUCUGCGGCUAUCAUUCUGGCUGAACGACGAGAUGCAAACAAAAAGAAAAAUCGAAGUUUCUUUAUUACCAGAAACCAGCUUUCAACUAAGGUUGAUCAAAUCGCAAAAAGUAAAAUAAUUGGUCCACAGCAAAAGCAUGACGAUGUGCCAGUUAUUAAAAAACGAGAAACACCACAUCCAACAACUCAGGCAAUAACGAAAACGCGAUCUCCGUUGUCAAAAACUGGUCGAAAAUCGUCUGUCGAUAUUUUGCCUUCCAAAAUAAAGAUUCCCGCCAAUGAUUUUCUCGCACCUCCCGCACCCAAUACAAAUCUUUUCAAGGCUAAAUUUAUUCCAGUUACAACUUCGUCUGCGCCUUCUAUCGAUCAACCGCAAGUUCAACUAACCAGCGAUGAUUUGAUAACCGUCCAGGCAGAAAUCAACCAAAUACCAUCACCAGCUCUGCGUGAGACUAACUCUCCCAAACCUACAGCGAGAUCUUCUGUGCCCAGGCCAUCAGCCUCGGAAUAUGAUCAGCACCUACAGCGUCUGCUAGAAACACCAAUUAAACGGGUCACCAACCCACCACCAGAUCACAAACAGGCAGCACAGCUGGAAGGGUCGGAUUUGAGCGAUUUCCUAGAAACAAGCCCGCAACUACCAAAGCCAAUACCUAAGAAAAGAGUAAUAUUCAAUUUGGAAGGUAGAGAACAGGGACUGCCAUCUCCGGUAGCAGGUCCAGCAAUGUCAUCUACGGUCAUUAAAGUGUCCAGAGCAGAAGAAGAGUCCGACUGGAAUAUCAGCAGUUUUGAGGACGAAAAAUAGAUACAAUAUUUUGUAGCUUUUUCACAAAUAAUAAAACAAUAAUCUUAUAAUAGCGUCAAUUUACCCUCUAAACAUUC